AUGGGAGCCUGUGCAUCCAAAGCAAGUCUCCAUACAGAAGGCCCACAGGGCAAGCAUCCAAAGGAGCCAAAGAAAUCAAAACUUUUCAACAUCUUCAAGAAGAGAAAGGGCAAGCUCCCUACUGAAGAAGUAACCAAAAAUGAAGCUCAGACUGCUGUUGUUACUAUUGCUCAAAAUGAAGCUCAAGCUGCUGUUGCUACUAUUGCUCGGGAUGGAGCCAUGCCCGAUGCAUCACAUCUGCCAGAACCCAAUCAAGCAAAUUCGUUCACAAAAGAGCUACCAGUGGCAAUUCGACAAGAAAUACCAUCUAGGCCUGUGGGAAGAGGCCUAAAAAACCUCGGCAACAGCUGCUUCUUGAACGCUGCCGUGCAGGCUCUCUUACAUUGCCCGGACAUGAUGUUGUUAUUAGCCAACGGAGCUCAUGUUUGUCCAAAAGAGUGGUGUGGGAAUUGGUGCAGUUUUUGCAGUUUGAGAAAUGUCGGGCUUGAGCUGUUCAAGUCCACAUCAAAAGCGCUAAACCCUAUGCAUCUUUAUCGUGGUUUGAAGCAAUUGAUCCCGGAUAUGCAGUGGUACCAUCAAGAAGACUCCUUUGAUGUUAUAAGAGGGUUAUUGGAUACAAUUGCAAUUAGAAUCGACCCCCAGAACGCCAUUAAUCUGGGCUUGGAUGGCCCACCAGACUUGCUAGAUCUUCUCAAAAAGGAUAUGAAUGAGAACAUGGCUGAUUUUACUUGUGGAGGGUGUAAAGCCAAAGGAGAGACGUACCGUCAAACCUAUAUAUACAAGCAACCAGACAUGCUAGUAAUCCAAUUGAAGCGAUUCCACUAUGUCGUCAAGAAUGGAAUGCAUAUAAAGAUUUUCAAGAAGGUCAACGUUCCUGAAAAUUUGUGUCUUACUGACUUGCUGCAUGAAAAGAUUAAAAAGCAAAAUGCCGAUUACGAGCUUUCGUCGGUAAUUGUGCAUCAAGGCUCGUCAGUCAACUACGGCCACUAUUACAGCUAUGUAAAGGGUUUGAAAAACAACGCAUGGUUUGAGAUGGACGAUACAAAUGUCUCAAGGUCAUCAUGGCAAGAAAUAUGUAAUGAUACGCCAUAUGUGCUGUUCUACACAAAAGUGAAAAAGUCCAAGGCUGAGACGGCAUACAGAUCACCGUCAUUAAGCCCCGACCUCCAAGUACAGGCGACAGCGAGCCAACCUCUAGUUCCUAAACCAAAAGCAAUCGAAAUACUACCCACCGAUAAGACAACUACAUCUUCUAAAAAGGCACUCCUCCCUUUCUCUCAAGAGGCUAAACCAUCGGCAAUAAUUACCAAAGAGUUGCCAUGCUCUCAGAAUACAGCCAUAUCAACAUCAAUACAAUCGCCUUCAAUCUUGGUGGAUCCUGCUUGCCUCAUUAGAAAACAACAAGAGGCAGCUGAUGAAGCAUACGCACUUCAACUGGCACUUCAAUUUGCUAAUGGGAGCUACGACGAUACAACUUACGACGACGAUGCUCGCAAGCAGCUUGAGGCCGCCGAUGCCCUCUAUGCUAUGCAAUUACAACAGGAAUUCGAUAGCGCACUGCCUGAGCAUCUUGUAUCAACUUCACAGGUCCAUGGCCCUAUAAAGAAUGGACUAUCUUCUUCUGGUGUACGUGGUAGUAUGGAGUAUAUAGAUGAUCAAGAUCUGAAUGCAAUUGAGAGGGAAGAAGAUGAAGAAGCAAAGGGAGAGGAGGAUGAAUCAGCUAGAAGAGCUCAGAUUAUAGAGCAGGAUGAACACUUUGCAAGGAAAUUACAGGCGGAAUUUGACAAAGAAAUGAAUGGCAACCCUUCAUCGUUGCAGCCCCUUUUUAAUCAUCAAAAAGAUGGACAGGCUUCCGACUCUUUUACGUUGACACCAGCUCCUGUCUUUAAAUUUGGUAGUAUAGCUCCGACGACCAUAUCAUCUCCAGAUCUAUCAACGCAAUAUCCAGCAGCAGCUCCAACAGGUAAAAGUGGUAAUAUCGCAAGACCAACACCACGUACAAACAAAGCAGGCUCUGGUCCUCGCUCUCCACCACCUCGUCAUAGAAAUCAACCUGUAUCUGCUCCAAGAAGGCAAUCAGCACUACCUCCUACUCUACAAAUGUCUCGUUCUGGCUAUGUCCCAGUGAUACAACCGCCACAAGCUCAAUUCGUACAAACUGCAGGCUACGAAAUGGCCCAACGUCGGCCAAACGCCGCAGCAUCUCCUCCAUCUCGCGUAUCAUCAGCAAAUCAUACCGUCGAAGUAGAACAACAAGGAUAUAACUACCAAAAAUCAGCUCCCGAUGACUACGACUACAAUCCACGAUUGGAUUGUACCCUGUACCUCUCAUGUACCAAAAAGUCUCUUAAAUUGACACGUGAAGGUAACUUCGUAGUAGAUAUCCCAGUGCCUGAAGUAUUGUCGGUGGCUCGAUUCCGUAAUGAGCAAGAGUUUACGCCUUUGAGACAUACGGCUGUGUUUGGUGAUCCUAAUGAGUUUGUGCAGAGGGGUUACACCCUACGACAAAACCAAUUGGGUCGUGAAACUGAAUUGUUUGUCACUUUGUACAAGGAAGAUGACCGUCUGUUCUGUAAAGCAUCGAAGGCUGUUGAUAAGAAUAUCGCAAACGUGUGUGCCAAGAAAGGAACUUCGUUUUGGGGUCCUGAUGCAUGGGAAAACGUCUUUGUGUGUGUCAUAUCUGAUGGUCGUCCAAAGAUUCGCCCACGUAUAUUAAAUGUAAUGGGUGUCAUGGGUGCCUUCCAAGACGGCCUGAUGAAAACCUCCGUCAAUGGCCAAGAAGUCUCAGCCCACGUAUUCGAAUACACCACCCAAAUCCUCGUCGAUACCGAAUCUCUACAACGACGAUCAUCAGCUCAAGCUGUAGGACCCGUCCAAAUGAAUCUCUGUCUCAACGGAAGGAAUGCCGAACAAAUCACUGCAUUCGGUCGAGCACUCAACCCACAAAACUGUGCUCUACUUGAUGUCGGUACAAUGCCAACUGAUGCUUCAUUCUGGCAUUUGUGGCAUGCGGUCAAUCAGAAUCCUAAGGAUGCUGGUGCUUGUGCUGAAAGUUAUGCCGAAAUAUGUUCUCGUGGGGCCAAGCUGCUCAAUCCUUUGGUAGCAGCCCCGAACUUUGAACACAAGUUGCCCUACAUUCUCGACAAGCCCCUGGAAUCCGUGUUUGGUUUCAAUUCCGUCUUGCCAGUUGGCGCAUUCGCAGCAUACAGAUUCAAAGCACUACAAAAUGGUCCAGAUGGUACAGGCCCCUUGGAAAAGUACUUCUUUGGUGAAACUCUACAUGGCGCUGGAGAUGUUAUGAAAACAAACAUGUACUUGGCCGAAGAUCGUAUCCUGUGUUUCGAAUUGGUCACUAAAUGGAAGGAAAGAUGGGUAUUGCAGUACGUCAAGGCUGCUAAGGCUGAGACAGAUGUGCCAGAUACUGUGCUUAAAUCUGCUUUACAUCGUCAUCGCUGGUUGAACGGAUCCUUCUUUGCCAGUGUCUACGCCAUCAAAUGGGAAGAUCCUCAUGGUCGCACAGUAGUGCUGAUUUCAGAUAGUGUCGAUGCACGCAAGUAUGUCCUCAGAGGUCUGUCAAAACGCCACACUCAUCGAAGUCUAAGCCACCGUGACGAUAUGGAGCUAAGCGCCUAUCUCAGAGGAGCGACUGGAGUCUCGAAUCACUUGUCAAAAGUCUUGGACUGGCAUGUAUUAGGUUGUAUUAUGCAGUGA